AUGGCCAGCACCGUCGUGAAGCAGCCAACAACGGCGGCGCCCACUCUGCAAGAGUCCCAGACCAAUGCUCUCCUAACCCUGCUUAACCUCAACAAUCCGGUGGAGCCACCAAGUAACCCCCUUACAAACCCGCCAAAGCAUGCUUCAUCAACCAAGACGCCUGUUGCUACCGGUCCUCCGGUAUGGAAGGUGCUCGUGUUGGAUCAGCACACCAAGGAUGUCCUUGCGACCGUGCUGCGCGUCCAGGACUUGCGAGACGUGGGAGUGACGCUUCAUGUCCAGCUGCACUCCAACCGGCCGCCACUUCCAGACGUGCCGGCCGUGUACUUCGUGUCUCCAACGUUGCCCAACAUUCGGCGAAUAGCGCAGGACCUGGAGAAGGGCCUGUACGAGUCAUUUCAUCUGAGUUUUGUCGAACCGUUGCCUAGAGCGCUGCUCGAAGAGCUCGCAGCAGCAGUAGCACGAGAUGGUACAGGCGAAUCAGUGGAGCAGGUCCUUGACCAAUACCUUUCUUUCAUCGCUCCGUCGCCUUCCUUAUUCUCACUUCUUCCGCCUCCGACGGCUGCGUCUGCGUCAGCACCCACCACUCCGCAGGAGUACGGAUCUUCGCAAGCACAUUCAACAUAUGCACUCCUCAACUCCCCGUCAUCAAGCGAACAGCAGAUCGAAGAAGAAAUAGAACGUAUUGCGAGCGGCUUGUUCAGCGUCGUGGCGACCAUGGGCUCUGUCCCAAUUAUUCGAUGCCCACGGGGAAACGCGGCAGAGAUGAUUGCGAAGAAGCUCGAGACGAAAAUCCGGGAUGCCAUACUGUCCGCAGCGCGGUCACACUCCACGUCGAUAUUCUCGCAAGAUACGACGGGGCUAUCAAACCUGCAGAGACCCUUGUUGCUUAUCCUCGACAGGAAUGUGGAUCUCGUCCCCAUGAUGUCACAUGGGUGGACGUAUCAGGCGCUUGCCUCAGAUUGUCUCGAGAUGAAGCUAAAUCGCGUCGUCGUUUCACAGCCACAAAAGCGUUCAUACGACCUCGAUUCGAAGGACUUCUUCUGGGCGAAGAACGCAGCAAACCCAUUCCCACAGGUCGCGGAGGACAUCGACACGGAGCUAAACCGGUACAAGCAGGACGCGGCAGAAAUUACGAGAUCCACCGGUGUCAGUGAUGUCAAUGACAUCGCACAGAUGGAUCUAUCAGCCAAUGCCACGCACCUGAAGACGGCCAUUACGGCGCUCCCUGAACUCACGGCACGCAAGGCAGUGUUGGAUACACAUAUGAACAUAGCCACGGCGCUGUUGGAGGAAAUCAAGAAACGUGGGCUUGAUGAGCUGUUCAGCACAGAAGAAGCCAUUGGUAAACAGACCGUGCAAACAAUUCUCGAAACCCUACGCCAUCCAAAGGACGGGGCCAACCCAACACCUCUUGACAAGCUCCGCCUCGUACUUGUCUUCUACCUCUCCUGUUCCGACAACGCCAUCUCGAAGACUGAUAUUGCCGAGCUCGAAAAGGAACUCAAGGCCGCAGGGGUAGACGUGGCUGCGUUCGAAUAUGUCAGACGAACACGGGAGAUCUCACGGAUGACAGUGUCGAGCGCAAUGGGCGGAACCUCUACGCCUAAUGUGGGAGGCAACACGCCCGGCGGGGAACUCUUCAGGGGUUUCGGCGCCCUGAGCAGCAGGCUCACGGACAGACUGAAGGACGGCGGAUUGGAGAACCUGAUAUCCGGCGUGAAAAACUUCUUGCCAGCGAACAAGCUCCUGCCAGUAACGCGUCUGACAGAGGCACUGAUGGAGUCAUCCGCAGCGUCCAACCAGAGUCUGCAAGAGACAGACGAGUACCUCUUCCUUGAUCCACGCGCCUCUCGCAAUGCUGCGGGUCUGGGGCUCUCCGGCGUGAAUGCUCCUGUAGGUGCAGCGACGACCGGCGGGCGUUCGAAGCGCAUGGCCUUCACUGACGGGACGGUGUUUGUCGUUGGAGGUGCCGGUUACGUCGAGUACGGCAACCUCGAGGAGUGGGCGAAGCGGAUGGGCAAGAGAGUCACGUAUGGUGGUACGGAGAUUUUGGACCCUGGAGGAUUUGUGCAGACACUGGAGAGUCUGGGCAAGUCGGGCGCACAGGGUUGA